CAUCACGAGGUGAGCUUGGUGUGGGGCCGGCCGCUUUGUGCUUUUUUUGGCCUUCUGGGUCUACGCAGUCACGAGUCAUCUCGAGAACUCUGAUGAGCUCGACAACCAUCAGCACCGUACGCUUGUGACUCAUCCAAUUCUUGAUUCCGACAUUCCCUUGGCGACCUCACACACAGCACGAUCACCAUCUUGUCAGGACAGCAGCAGUUGUUGACCUUCAUCACCAUCUCGACAGACCCUUCAGCUUGCACAGCACAAUCACUCUCCCCGAGUAUCUUCGCCUCGCUCCUCGUCCCACCUUGCCUGUUUGCGACUAGACAGCAAAGCUCUCGCAUCGCCCAUCAAAGCACCUCUCACGCUCGAGGGAGAUUGCAGCUGCAUAGAGAUAGAGUCGCGGCAACAAUGCGGGAAGCAGCAGCACCUCUUUUAGAGCUCUUGAAGCAUGGAUCAUCGCACUCGACCCCGCAAACACCUCCGGGCGACGGGCUUACAGCCGAACAGUGGUCGAGCGUUAUAGGCUGGAUAUCUGUUGCGUGUUGGGUGAUCGUCUACAGUCCUCAAUUGUGGGAAAAUUACGUGUUGAAGUCGGGAGAAGGACUCUCAGUCGCUUUUCUCGCCAUUUGGCUGCUGGGCGAUGCGCUCAAUUUUGUGGGAGCUUGGAGGCAGGGAUUGCUGGUCACCAUGGUCGUGCUGGCGGGAUACUACUGUCUAUGCGACAUCGCUUUGAUAGGACAAUAUUACUGGUACAAAAAGUAUCACGACUUUUACCAUCCACCCGUCGGCUCUCUUGCGCACGAGACUACGCCGCUCGUGUCGAACCUCGCAUCUCCCGCACGAGCCAGCGCCUCGUCCAUCUCGGUAGCGACGAUCGGCCCAGUGCCGUGUAAACAGCCAAAGCAGACGAGUUGGCAAAGAGAGGCUCUGAAGUACUUUUUCGCAGUAGCUGUGGUUAUCGCUACGGGAGUCAUUGCUUGGCUCGUGGCCGAUAGAUAUCCUCAGGAUGACGGAGGACAUCAUGGUGGAGAUCACAAGAGCCCAGACGAUAAGCCAGGUUUGGUAUGGGACGCGCAGGUGUCGGGCUGGGCGAGCGCUGCGCUGUAUCUCUUUUCACGAGUUCCGCAACUCAAGAAGAAUUUGACCACAAAGUGCGAAGGUCUCAGCCUCGAGCUUUUCGUCUUUGCAGUGGCAGGAAAUUCUACAUAUGUCCUGUCCGUGCUGGUCAAGUCCCUCGAUCGAGAAUACCUGCUCGAAAAUUCGAGCUGGAUCGUGGGCAGUCUAGGCACAAUUCUCCUAGACUUUUGCGUGUUGGGUCAGUUCAUCUACUAUAGAAAGGAUAGAGAAGAAGCGAGGUUAUUGGCUGCUGCUGCUACUUCGGGUUAUUCUCAACAUAGACCUUCCGCCGGCGCUGGGCUGAGCGAUUCGGAGCGACGUCAGGAUGUAUCUAGCGAAGCAUGAGACAAGAGGAGGCCGCUUCAUCUGGAUCAGUAUGGAGCGCUUACGGGUAUUCAUCUAAGUUGACUUUGCCAGGGAGGUACGCGUGUCCUAUGCAUUGUAUCAGCAAAUUUUGUUUUCCCUACAAUAGCAAGCUCUGCCCCAAUCGCAUCAUUCUACCGCC